GCAGCGUGGGUGCGAACAACUUUUUUGCCGAUGCUAUGAUGCAGCCACCACCACGCUUCCGCCCUGGGCAAUGGCCUAUGUCGCCCAUAUCAAAACCCACCAAUGUUAGGGAAGUAGGUAAGUAGGUAGGUGGGUGUGGUCAGUGUUCCACGAUUGUUGUUGGGUGUGGCUUGUUGACAUUCCUGGGACGACUCAGGACAAAUGCCGGGGACUCGAAUUAGGAAACGAAACAGAUGCGUCUGUCCCGGUUGAAGCACUGUUUUUCAGACGCUACGGGUUACCAGCUGAUCGCACUGAGCCAGGAUGGCAAAGACGGAAGGGCUCCUCUUCAGACAGCUGUUUGAGUCAGAGAGCAGCACGUACACCUACCUGCUUGCAGACACGAACACCAAGGAGGCUGUCAUCAUUGAUCCUGUGCUGGAGACCAUUGACAGGGACCUGAAGCUCAUAAAGGAACUUGGACUCAAUCUAACAGUGGCAGUUAACACCCACUGCCACGCAGACCACAUAACAAGCACUGGCCUGAUGAAGCAAAGAGUGGCUGGACUGAAGAGUGCCAUCUCCAAAUUCAGUGGUGCCACUGCUGACAUCCACUUAACAGAGGGAGACAAUAUCCCCUUUGGACGACACUCUCUGACUGUGAAAGAGACACCAGGACACACUGACGGGUGUAUAACGCUGGUAACUGGGGAUCAGACUAUGGCUUUCACUGGUGACGCUCUCCUCAUUAGAGGCUGUGGCAGGACAGACUUCCAGCAGGGUUGUGCAGAAAAGCUCUACCAUUCAGUCCAUGAGAAAAUCUUCACCCUGCCUGAUGAGUGCCUCAUCUACCCAGCACAUGACUACUUAGGUCAGACGGUUUCUACAGUGGGCGAGGAGCGCAAGUUUAACCCACGCUUGACUAAGAGCAUGGAGGAGUUUGUGGAGCUCAUGAACAACCUGAACCUCCCUAAGCCUAAAAAAAUAGAUAUUUCAGUGCCUGCUAAUCUGGUUUGUGGACUGCACCACGUUUGAAUGCAUGAAAAAGGCUUGUGAUAAAGCCAUAUGCACGACUACAAAAUGAUUGAUAUUUACUUGUUAAUCAAAACUGCUUAUCAUAAAGUGAUCUAUGGUGGUUCCCUGUGUAAAUGGAAAAGUUAAUUUUUGAACUGUUGUGAUAAUUUAUAGUUAAGCCACUGAGAUUAUAUUUAAAAAAAUAUAUUUAUGUUUAUUUGAGCUGUUUGUGAAUGCAUUUUAAAAACACUAAUAGUAUACUUUGUUAAUGGUGUAAAGUUGUUUACAUUUUUAUGUAAGUAGUCCAUUCAGAUGUGUUAUCGUGAAUUGGGAGGGAAAUUUAUGAGCAGGAAAACUCGGGUAGGAAUGUUCCAUUCAAGGUUUGGUUUAGUAUUCAUGAAUGCUUAACUGGGACAAAUGAGUUCUUCCACAUGGCCUUUUCAGUGAUUCCGGUCUCCCCUAGCCAAGGACACGCACACAUGCACACACACUCUUUCAGUCUUCUGCAGGCAAUGGCUUUUUUUGCAUAGCAGGAAAAUAAAACUACACUAUUUGCAUUCACAAUCAAUAAAGGCAAGUCUUCCUUGCACAACUUGUCAUUGCCAUCUGUUUGUGAUCUCUUAGAUGUCAAACAGGAAUUUUAAUUUUUAAACGUUUAAUAUUAUCUAAGUAAGGUAUAAAAAAGUGAGCUUAUGCCAGGAAUCAGACCUGCUUCCAGAUUUCCCAAUGACUGUGCGAGCUGUUCUCAUAGUUAACAGAUCAUCAGCCAGUAUGACAGGUUUGUUUGGGCGUGCUGCCCUCUGACUCAGUCACAGAAACUUGCGCAUGUGGGAAUAAGCUGUGUGAUCAUCUGAGGAGUGAUCCUGAGACUCUGGGGGCCUGAGUCAAAAUGUUUGUUUUCAAGUGCCCACACCUUUUUUUUUUUUUUCAUUCCAGUUGCCUGGAUUUCAAAGAAUUCUCCAUGUGAUUUGUAUCUUCUAUUGUUUCUUCUGAAGUUAUGGAUGGAAUCUUUAAACUCUGAGAAAGUCUGAAAAUCAACUGCGAUGAUGAUGAUUGUUUGUCUACAACUAUUUAACAGAAAACGUGUGUGAAGCUCGAGGAAAGUGCACAACAGCUGUAUUAUUUGUAAAGAUGAAUUGUUAUUGUUGAUACGUCUGGCAUUUCUAAGUGGUUUGGCACUUUUAAUGUGCAGUAGUCUGAAAAACAUAUCAAUGCUUCAUACUCAAAGACCGUCAUUAAACAAAACAGAGUUCAAGAUGAAUGAAAA